ACUGUCUAUGCUCCGCCUGUAAAUAAGCAGUAGUUAAAUAUAAACAAUGCGCUUGCUUCUGAACUUCAGUUUUAGGUUUUCUGCUGCAUAUUCGCAGACAAGCCUAAAAACCGGGUUCAGUUCACUAAUGCAAUUUCACCUAAGAAAAAUGGUGCAUUACAAAACUGAAGAAAGGGGAAAACCGAACACCCUUGACUACAGGAUAUAUUUUAAAACCUCAGAGGGAAAAUACAUUUCACCUUUCCAUGACAUUCCACUUUUUGCAGGCGAUGAUCAGACUGUGUUUAACAUGGUUGUGGAAAUACCUCGCUGGACAAAUGCCAAAAUGGAGAUUGCAACAAAAGACCCACUGAACCCUAUUAAACAGGAUGUAAAAAAGGGCAAGCUUCGAUAUGUAGCAAAUGUCUUCCCUCACAGGGGUUACAUUUGGAACUAUGGAGCCCUUCCACAGACCUGGGAGGACCCAAGUCACAAGGAUAAUGACACAAAGUGCUGUGGUGACAAUGACCCAAUUGAUGUGUGCGACAUUGGCUCAAAGGUAUGUUCUAUAGGAGAGGUUAUUCAAGUAAAGGUCCUGGGAAUACUGGCAAUGAUUGAUGAAGGAGAGACAGAUUGGAAGAUAAUUGCUAUCGAUGUUGAAGACAAAGAUGCUCCAAAUAUUAACAGUAUAGAUGAUGUACGAAAGCUCAAACCCGGGUAUCUGGAGUCUGCAGUUGAUUGGUUCAAAAAAUAUAAGGUCCCUUAUGGAAAACCAGAAAACCAGUUUGCCUUUAAUGGAGAAUUCAAAGACAAGGAUUUUGCAGUAGAGAUCAUUAAAUCAACACACCAGUACUGGAAGGCACUGACACAGAAACAGACUCCUGGAGGUGCAAUAAACUGUAAAAAUGUGUCGGUGUGUAACAGCCCUUUUCAGUGCAGCGAGGAAGAGGCCUGCUCAAUAGUCCAGUCUGCUCCAGCAUUUGGGAAAUCAGGCACAUUGCCUGAGGAAGUCGACAAGUGGCAUUUUCUUCCAAAGUGAUUCUUGACCAAAUAUGGGAACUUCCUUUGAAAACUGUCUUCAAAAGCCACACGACCUUCCUAAGAAUCGUAUAAUAGACAAGAACUUAACAUGCAAACAACUUAUAAGUCUAAGCUGUGUCACAGAAUAAAAACUGAAUGAUUUGAAAACAUGUUCUAUUGCUUUAUUGAUUUGUUAAGCUCUGAAAGCUUUUUUUUUUCCUUUGUAAAUGAGUUGAUGUAAGAGUCUGAAACGAAACGAGCACAGAGCAAUGAUGUUUUAAUUUACUUUUGUGCUUUGCUGUAAUCAAGCCUGUCAGCUCUGCAUUUGUUUCUUAUAAGACGCAAGAAAUAUUGGUGCACAUGAUACGUUUCAGUAAAGGCUUCAAAGAGAUUUUAUUUUUGUUUUAAAGUAUUGGGUUAAGAGACACAGGAAAUCAUGUGUACUGUAAUCUGUAACAGCUUUGACUGCAGACACUAAAUAGCAAAAAGUUAACAGCUUGACGUCAGACUGUUUUAGAAGUUUGGAAUUGGCAAAAGAAAUUCAUGACUAGAACCACUUUUAUCUUAUCUACGUUGCUUUGUUGUUAUCUCAAGAAUAUCCGUUUGCAAACAGAGUUUAAUAUCCAAAAUAAAUACAUCCUUAUAUCCUGUUCUUGCUUGUAUCAAAGUAGCCAGUUUUUGGUACUUUCUAGCAGGCACAAAACAUAUCUGGCAUGAAUCUCCCAGCCUGCAACAUUAUCUUGUGUCUGGAUAUGUUGCCAGGGCUGGUCCACAGAUUUUGGGAACCCUGGUUUCACGUUUGUCUCCGAUGGCGUGAUAACCGGUUGGAAUUUGAAAACCAAUAGUGCAUCUUGGUUUAUGUCGAGCACAUAGUCAGAGCUGUGUUGUGUGGGUGCUUUGGUGAUGCUAUUCAGAGUGUCAUUCCAAUUUACUUACCUGAUCACGGCCAUGCUUGUUAACAACUGGUGUAACUGGAUUGUUCUGCUGGUCUCUGAGAAUGGUUAAAUGGAAUUGUUUGUUAAAUGUUUCUGCUACUACUAAUUGCAAUGAAGUUUAUUUUUUUUAACAAAAAAAAAAAAAAUAGAAGAUUACAAUAGUAUUGGACAAGGGGGACAUGUCAAUAUGUUUUUUUCAAGAACAUGACAUUCAACAAAAUGUAAACCAAACUGAUGUAUGUGGUCAUGCAUUUCUUUGCCUCGUCCAAACUUGUUAAAAGUGCUGUAUUAGAUAUUGAUAAUUAAAAAAAAAAAAAAAAAAAAAAUCUUCAAAAUAAUGUCAAUGUUUAAUUAUUGUUGUCUGAAUUGAACAGUCUUGAACACACACUAAGAUUGUAAAUGUGUUGUCUUCAGAAGAAACCAAUUGUUACUGCUUAUAGACUGCACUGUCUUUUUAAUAAUUGUUUCUGCAAUUUAGUUCUGUCCCUUGAUUGAACGUCUUAAAAACAAUGACCUGAAAUACAUUUUCAUUUAUAAACGUAUGUUUAGAAAACAAAGUAAUUUAUAUUGAAUAAAACAUAUUAUUAUCCUCAUAGAAAGUCCUGCAUGUCUCCCAGUAGGUCUGAUGCUAUCGAAAUGUUUGAAAUGUAACCAAAGGUUUUAUUUCUUCACUGUAAUUACUGGCAGCUGAUGGCAUUAUGGAAAAAUGUGGACAUAUUAAAGGCAGUCAUGGGUUUCACCGUGUGUAGUGUGUUCUUUGAACAAUAUUACCCUUGGAAAACCAAAAGGUAUUCAAUUAAUUUCAAGUUAGUUUUAGGUGCGGUUAAAGAAAAUGUUUUGAAGUGACCUCAUUAUGUCAAUCCUGUCUCCCUUGCUCUAUCUUCUUUUAAUGUAGUGUCAUUUUUUAUGUUGCACCAGCAGAUGAGAAAAACAUAAUCACUGUAAUGGGAAAUACUUGUAGCAGUGUCAAGCAGAAUAUAGGGUCAUUUGGGUUAAAAUGAAGAAAUAUGUCAUAUCCUUUUAGUGUAGUAUAUGUACCAAUGGGUGUGUGAAGGUCAUUUCUACAAUAUUUUUGUAUUGAAUGUUGCAUAACUCAUUUGAAAUCUUGAUAAAGAAAUCUUAUAUUUUGCUAUAUAUAAGCUUUUCAUUUGUAGGCAAAAAUCACCUAACACCUCAAAGCCGUCUCGGUUAACACUGUGUACUGUAAUGUAUGUACUCUAAUAUUACCGUGAUGCAAUACAAAUGAAAGGCUAUUAAAACACAAUAAAAUAAGUAGAACCAAUAUAUUCAUAUAAGGGAUGAGAAAUUAUUUUUAAAGCAUUGACUAUUGCUCCCUCCAGGGUAGACUAGAGACAUUAGAGGUAGCACGAAAUAAUAGCAGCCAAAUUAUUCCUGAAAAUAAAAUCUCCUUGAUCCUGUUCUUUUUCAUUAUGUCUUGGGUUUGCAACAAACUUCUAAGUGCCACACCAGUGGGUGAGACUUCAGGGUAAUUAAGGAGGGGCUAUGCUAAUAUUUUGGGUGUCAGUCAUAGCAAGAUCUGUGCUAUAAAUUAAAAUGUGUAUUGUAUUAAAAAGGUGUUUACAACAACUUAGAUAUUGGAAUGAUAUUACAGAAAUGUCCUAAUGUAUUUACCUAUUCAUGGUCAUUCGAGGACGAUUACAUUUAAUUGCUUGUUUCCACUGCUAUUAAUUGCAUUUUGUUAAAAACUAUGUACUGUUAAUAUGGGUUUCAUGUGCUUAU